UGUUCUUAUUUUCCAGCUGUAUGGGGAAACUUUGUCAAUAUGAGGUCUCUUCAAGAAAAUGGGGAUCAGAAGGUGGAAAGUAAAAUAGAGGAGGCAGUUGCACCUCUAAGGGAGAAAAUCAAAGAUCUAGAAAAAAGUUUCACCCAGAAAUACCCCCCAGUGAAAUUUUUAUCAGAAAAGGAUCGCAAAAGAAUCCUGAUAACUGGAGGAGCAGGGUUUGUGGGUUCUCAUCUUACUGACAAACUAAUGAUGGAUGGCCAUGAGGUUACAGUUGUGGACAACUUCUUUACGGGCAGGAAAAGAAAUGUGGAGCACUGGAUUGGUCAUGAGAACUUCGAACUGAUAAAUCAUGAUGUCGUUGAGCCCCUGUACAUUGAAGUGGACCAGAUCUACCAUCUGGCAUCUCCUGCUUCUCCUCCAAAUUACAUGUAUAAUCCUAUAAAAACAUUAAAGACCAACACUAUUGGGACAUUAAACAUGCUGGGUUUAGCCAAACGUGUUGGAGCUCGGCUGCUGCUGGCCUCUACAUCAGAGGUGUAUGGAGAUCCUGAAGUUCACCCUCAAAAUGAGGAUUACUGGGGCCAUGUGAAUCCAAUAGGUCCGAGAGCCUGCUAUGAUGAAGGAAAACGGGUUGCAGAGACCAUGUGCUAUGCAUACAUGAAGCAG